CGCCAGGGAAGCCGGAGACGGGCGAAGUGAGCAGGCAGGAAGAUGGCGCUGCCGGAGAUGGUCGGGCUGCUGCUGGCGGCGCUGCUGGCCGUGGCGCGGGCCGGGCAGGUCCCUCUGCUGGCCUGGUCCAGCCACAGCUCCUUAUGGUCCCCCUCGGCAGCCCCUCACGAGGGGCACGUGGUUACCGAAACUCAGCUCGCAUCUCUGCUGGACUUGGCGCUGAAUAACGGGCCCCAUAAUGUGCUGCUCGUGCUUCAGGACAAACUCAGCGUUGAGGAUUUCACUGCCUAUGGAGGGGUUUUUGGCAAUAAGCCAGACAGCGCCUUCCCGAAUCUGGAGAACGCAUUGGCCGCAGCUCCGUCUUCCUUGGUUCUUCCUUCUGUCGACUGGUUUGCAGCUAGUUCUGUUCCUGCCUUCUUGAAGGCCAAGCUGGGCAUCGCACCUCUGCAUGUGGAUCAGAACACGCUGCAGGAGCUAAGACUCAAUGCCAGCCUCCCUGCCCUGCUGUUGGUACAGCUGCCGUACACCACCAGUUCCAGCCUGAUGGCCCCCAAGGAAGUUCUCACCAGCAAUGACGAAAUCCUGGGACAGGUACUGAGCGCUCUCCAAUCAGAGGACAUCCCCUACACGGCCAUUUUGACGGCGCUGAGGCCCUCACGGGUUGUCCGGGAUGUCUCUGAUUUGACCCCUGAGAAGAUGGGUCGACAGCUACUCCAAAAGGACGAGGCGCCUCCACCUCUUCGGUUCCCCGAAAGUGGAACUCCACAGAUCCUCUUCUGGGCCAGCAACUUCUCUGUGGCCUUCAACAACACGUGGCACGACCUGACUAACCUCACGUUCGGGAAUAACCCCCCUGUCAACGUCAAUGAUUCCAAAUGGUCUCCCCAAGCUUCUCAGUUGGUUCUGAAGUAUGGCAAUGUGAAUAGGAGCUCCUUGACCAUCAGGUUCCACAUCAGAAACGUCUUGUACAACGUCUCUGCCCGGCACUGGUUCAGCCUGCACUUAGUGGAGGUGAUUCGAGGUGGGGGCGCCCCCAUCCGCUUCAACGUCACCCAGAUCACAGCCCCCAGCAACUAUUCCUUCAGCUGCGCCCAGGUCAGCAGUUUUCCGCCCUCAGAGGCCCUCCUCGUUCCCGACGGCCGUCAGGACGUGAAAGUGAUGAUGGCAGAUUUUCAGAUCCAGAGUUACAACGUGACGGGCCCGCGGUUCUCCUAUGCCAGUGACUGUUCCGGCUUCUUCUCUCCUGGAAUCUGGAUGGGCUUGCUGACCUCCCUGCUUCUCGUCGCCAUCUUCACCUACGGCCUUCACAUGGUCAUGAGCCUCAAGACCAUGGACCGUUUUGAUGACCCCAAGGGGCCCACCAUCUCCGUGCCCCAGACGGAGUAGGGGCGACUUCUUCACCUUCCCUGCCCUGGGACCCAAAUGCUGGUCAUAUUCUGGCCAUUCCAGCCCUCGCCACGUUUCUCAGGCCCAUUAGCUCAAUGCAUUAUCCUUCUCUGCCUCUCUUUCCCCUUCCUUCCUUUCUGCCUUCCCAGACUUCCCUUCUCGCCAGUAGCUGUUUUCCCAAUAACAUUCCCUGGCCACCUAUUCUCUCCCUUUCAGAGCUCCCCUGACUGUCCCCAGCUCCCAGAAUUCACAGGGGUCGCGACUGUAAACAAAGCAGGAGGGGAGGGGAAAGUCCUUCUGUGAAAUGGAGGGGCCGAUUGACGUGUGGUGCAGCAAUCAAGAGUGUUUGCACUGAAGGUUUGCUUGGGGCAAAUCAUUUCCGGGACACACUGCUGCUACCCCCGCUUACAGCCCCUUUUAUUUCUCUGGUGGGCAGGUGUCAUCCGACUUCCUAUCGCAACGUGGUGUACAUAUCUUUCAGGGUUUUUUGUCACGGUGUUUGAGUGUUCCUUGUUUUGCUUUGCCCAACCACCUCCUCUUUUCUGCUGUAGCCUAAGUGGACCUUCUCUCUGGGCCUUUCCCCUGCUUAUUUAUUUACGUGAUUUUCUGUGAUUUAGUUUUGUUUACAGUGACUCAGUAUUUGGGACCCCGUGCUGCCUCUCCUGCAGAGCGAGUGGGGUUCCCUUCCUGUGACUCCUUGCUGACCCUUGAAUGGAAGGAUGUGAAUAAAAGGGGGGAAAGUGGAGUUUUGGACAUGUGUUGUUGAUGUAGGGAGACCACUCCUUUUGGCACCUGUUCUGAAGCUCAGACAAUGGCUCCUUAUGCCAUCUUAGUUGCAGGUGAGCUAUCAUCUACUCUACCCACCCAACGGCUGCACUUUCUCUCUCCUCCCAGUGACCCGUGAUAAUAUUCCAAGUGCCAGUGCAAAAUAUUGCUAAAAUUAAACUGGUAACAGGUAUGAACGCUGCCCUAAGUCUAGUCUUAGAGGGUGCCCGUUUCCCAUUUCUUGUAUUUUAAAAAUGCAUGGCAUCUUUUGCAUUUUUUUUGCACUGUGUAAGUGUAUGAUGAUGUUGGAA